UCUGCAGGAAGAUGUCCCGCUUCUUAGACAGCAUUUCCACCAUCAUCAGCGUCUUCCACAAACAGGCCCGGGACGAUGGGGACUCCUCCACCCUCAGCAGGAGCAGGAUGAAGGAAUUCAUCCAGAGGGAGUUUGCAGAUGCCCUCGUUAGGCCGCACGACCCUCAGACGCUCGAGAAGAUCCUGCAGUUCCUGGAGUGGGAUGGCGACGGGGACAUCGACUUUAACGAGUUCCUCCUCUUGGUGUUCAGGGUGGCCAAGUGCUGCUACUGCUACCUGCCCAGGGCACCGUACCUGGUGCAGAGAACAAAGCUCACAGCCGGCAGCAAGACACUCCGAGAGCCCGAAAUUAGGACCAGAGGGAGCCGCCGGCAGCUCCAGGAGGAGGAGCAGACCGGUGACAGGAACCGUCCCUGCGAGCCAGAGCUGCAACGAGACCCCAGGGUCAGCGAGCUUGAAAUACCCGAGGAAAUAAGGAGGGAUCAGCAGCUCAGGGGUGGCAGAGCCCAGGAAGGUGAGCUCGGAAUUCUGGCGCGAGAGAGGGAAGAGCGGGAGGGGUCUCGGCGGGAAGAAGUGGCAGACGUGCGGAUUCGCAGCCGGAGCUCUGAAGCCCGACCGCGGCCCGACCGGUGGAGUGGCCGUGGGCCACAGGAGCCAGAAGGACCAGCCUGUGAUGAAAGAAACCAGAGGCCACGGGGAGCAGAUGGAGGAAGUGACAACCAGCCACGCAGAUCUGGAUUGCUCAGAGAAGAGAGAAGCCGCUACCACCAACAGGAGCUGGAACAAAGGGCACUGGAACGGAGCAGCCACCGGGAACGUGGGGAGCGCCUGGACUCAAGACACCCACAUCAGUCAUACAUCGAGGAACCGCUAGAGCUUGACCUCAGGAGCUGUGAUAGGGCUGAGCCAGAGGAACGUGUCCGUGAACAAAGAACAAACCAGGAACGAGAGGCGGAAUACGCAGAGAGGGAAAGAGAGAUCCGUGAGGAACAGGAGUGGGAAGAACAAGAUGAUCCAAGAAGAAGAAGAAGACUGAGGGAGAGGAGGGUCGAUCGCCAAGGGGAGCUGGAGCUGGAGGUCUCUGAGCGCCGCAGCCGCCAGACACGGGACAGGGAGGAGAGAGGGGUCAUCAUCGACCGGAGAGAGACACGGGAGCUGGAAGGUGAUGGAAGGAGAGAACGUGAGUCAGUGAGGUAUGAAAGGACAAGAGAAUCCAGGGUGGCAGCAGCAGAAGCCGAUGUGAAAAUCCACAGAGAGAUCCGUGAACUGGAACCCCGUGAGGAACUCAGGCGGAGGGAACGUCCCUGUGAGCGUGAGGAGGAAGAGAGGAGGAUUCUCCGUGGAAGAGAGAGGGAAGAGCCUGUGCUGGAGAGGAGGGUCGAUCACCAAAGGGACCUGGAGCUGGAGGUCUCUGAGCGCCGCAGCCGCCAGACACGGGACAGGGAGGAGAGAGGGGUCACCAUCGACCAGAGAGAGACACGGGAGCUGGAAGGUGAUGGAAGGAGAGAACGUGAGUCAGUGAGAUACGAAAGGACACGGGAGAGCAGAGUAGCAGCAGCAGAAGCCGAUGUGAAGCUCCACAGAGAGAUCCGUGAACUGGAGCCCCGGGAGGAGCUCAGAAGGAGGGAACGUCCCUGUGAGCGUGAGGAGGAAGAGAGGAGGAUUCUCCGUGGAAGAGAGAGGGAAGAGCCUGUGCUGGAGAGGAGAAUUGAUCACCAACGGCAGCUGGAGGUCUCUGAGCGCCGCAGCCGCCAGACACGGGACAGGGAGGAGAGCGGGGUCAUCAUCGACCGGAGAGAGACACGGGAGCUGGAAGGUGAUGGAAGGAGAGAACGUGAGUCAGUGAGGUACGAAAGGACACGAGAGACCAGGGUAGCAGAAGUAGAAGCAGAAGCUGAUGUGAAGGUCCACAGAGAGAUCCGUGAACUGGAACCAAGGGAGGAGCUCAGAAGGAGGGAACGUCCCCGUGAGCGUGAGGAGGAAGAGAGGAGGACUCUCCGGGGAAGAGAGAGGGAAGAGCCUGUUCUGGAGAGGAGGAUCGAUCGCCAAAGGGACCUGGAGCUGGAGGUCUCUGAGCGCCGCAGCCGCCAGACCCGGGACAGGGAGGAGAGAGGGGUCAUCAUCGACCAGAGAGGGAGAAGAGAGCUGGACGGUGAUGGAAGGAGAGAACGUGAGUCAGUGAGAUAUGAAAGGACACGGCAGAGCAGAGAAGCAGAAGCAGAAGCCAAUGUGAAAAUCCACAGAGAGAUCCGUGAACUGGAGCCUAGUGAAGAGUUGGAAAGGAGGGAACGUCCCCGUGAAUGUGAAGAGAGGAGGGUUUGCAGGAGAGGAGACAGAGAGGAGCCUGUUCUGGAGAGGAGGGUCGAUCACCAAAGGGACCUGGAGUUGGAAGUCUCUGAGCGUCGCAGCCUCGAGACACGGGACAGGGAGGAGAGAGGGGUCAUCAUUGACCAGAGAGAGACACGGGAGCUGGAAGGUGAUGGAAGGAGAGAACGUGAGUCAGUGAGGUAUGAAAGGACACGGCAGAGCAGAGAAGCAGAAGCAGAAGCUGACGUGAAAAUUCACAGAGAGAUCCGUGAAGUGGAACCAAGGGAGGAGCUCAGGCGGAGGGAACGUCCCCGUGAGCGUGAGGAGGAAGAGAGGAGGAUUCUCCGGGGAAGAGAAAGGGAAGAACCUGUUCUGGAGAGGAGAAUCGAUCGCCAAAGGGAGCUGGAGGCCUCUGAGCACGGCAGACGCCAGAUCCGGGACAGGGAGGAGAGAGGGGUCAUCACUGACCAGAGAGAGAGAGGAGGAGAGGCAAGGCAGGCAGACGGGACAGGAGGAGAGAGGGGUCAUCACUGA